AUGAGCACCCCUAAGCUCACGGCUGCGCUGAAGGAGUCUUCGAUUUUACAGCAGCGCAUCACUGACACACUGUCAUCAAGAUUGCGGCAAGAGCAAUGUGUUGGUACAACCAUACCAGCCAAGAAUUUUGGUGUUCAAGGUGCUCAGUCGUUCGUUGGGGCUCCUUUAAUUUCCGAGGAACUUGUAUCUGAUAAUCCAUUUUUGGCAUCUGGAGAAGCGUUCCCCAGGCGCACCGUCACUUCAGCUAGCUACGCUGCGAUUCCAUUUUUCCCCCAACUCAAUCAGUUUGGAGGCGGCAGGAGCAGAGCUAGAGUGCCCUCGCCCGUUAAUUCUCCUCAUCUUUUGCCUGUCUGGCCUUUUCCCAGCGCGGACAGGCACGCGCGUGUCUGCCCUUCGCGGGAGGAUUGGCCACGGACUUGUGCGUCUAUUGAUUCACUUCAGCGUUGGUAUUGCGUGCGUGCGUACGCAUGUGCGCGUCCACGCCUAUCAGUUCAGCGUGUGUCCGUAGGACGGACUAAGUUUGUCCCUACCACCCUCCGGUUCUGUGGUGAACUUCUGCCUUCGGUGGCAUCUGACGUUUGUCGGCAUAGGUUGACGGACGAAAUUCUGUCCCGUUCAGCUGUGAGUCAACGGGCAGCAACACUGGUGACGAUAACCAGUCCCCAUGGAGGCACUACAACUGGUGCUGUGGUAGGCACGCUAGGGCCACCACCAUCUCAAGUCACUCCCAUUGCUCCCGUCUCCACCGCACAACCAGUCAUCAUGCCUCUGCAGACCACCCCUCGGCCCUCUGAUCCCUCUGCCUUACAACCACCGCCGACGUCCUCAAAACCUGACGGCUCGUGCGAUCCCUGUCCUCCGCUCAUAACCACGACCGCUGGUGCCGUUUCCUCUAAUUCCGCUUGCGCUCCCAAUGGCCACAUUCUUACUGCUGCUGGCCUCGAAUGCGUGGAUAUGAAACCGGACCCGGUGGCAUGUUUGGCUCGAGUGGGUGUCGAUGAACCUCCCGCCAUCUUCGGCGCUCCUUCCACCACCACCACCACCGUAGCCGCGGAUUUCGGUGCUUCUGCCAACACCCCACUCAAUUUCCUCUCUGCCACAGCCGCUGCAGCUCCCACUGAGCCCCUGCCCUCCUCACCACCCGCCUCCACAACAACGUCCACUGAUAACAUCGUUGUCCCCAUCUCCGCUGCUCCUAUCGCUGCUACCUCCGCCACGACGACAGCUGUAGUGGCAGCGACACCGGCAGCUGUGGUGGUAAUGAAGGCAACCUCGGGGAAUGAGGGUGAUAGCGGUAGUGGUAGUGGUGGUGGGACUGCUGGCAGCGGCCCCUAUCAGUGCAUGCAUUGCGGCAAGGAGUUUAGGGUGUUGCGCUACUUGGAGAAGCACAAGCGGAUUCACACGGGGGAGAAGCCCUAUCAGUGCUGCUUCUGUGGUCGCCUCUUCAAUGACUGGCCUAAUAUGAAUCGCCAUAAACGCAUCCAUACUGGUGAGCGUCCGUACAGGUGCUCGGUGUGCACAAAGACCUUUUCUCAGCCUGCUGUCUACAACGAACACGUGAAGCGGCACACGGGGGAGCGACCCUACGUGUGUACGGUGUGCUCCAAGGGCUUCCCUCGCGCAGCCCGUCUCGUCGUCCACAUGCGCGUGCACACCGGUGAGAAGCCUUACCGCUGCCACGUCUGCGAUCGUCGCUUCAGCCAGCCUCACCACCUCUCUACUCACAUUCGCAUUCACUCCGAGGACCGUCCCUUCCGCUUUUCGCUUCGCGACAGCACGGCGAGUGGUUCAGCGAAUUCGCGACGCCAUCGGAGACAGGCGAAUCACACGACUGAUCCCAUUACUCCUGCCACCGCUGAUGCUACUGCGACCCUCUCCCAGGGAACUCGAGUCAAGCAUCUUAGUAAUCCCACUGCCACUGAAGCAUCACCAACAGGUGGCCAGAGGAAAGUUCUUGCUGUGGAUGCAGGAGGAAGCGUUGGAACCGAGGAGAGUAGCGGUGUUUGCUCUGGCGAAUCAGCCCUCCAUCCUGAAUCAAGCGAGUCUCUCCUCUCUCAAGACGGUGAACUUCAGGCAUCGACGAGCUCAUCAGUGGAGACGUCCCGCGAUGCUGGGGGAGGGGAGGGGGUAGGCCUAACGAGUUCAACACCCCUUUCAACGUCUGGUGUCGCUGUAGCAUCGCCGGGCAGCACGGAGGCCACCAGGGCCACUGCCACUUCAAAUCCUGCUGUUGCUUCAGCUGCUGCAGGUCUCACCGUCUCCGAAGACUUUUGUUCUCAACCCCCGCCAUCCAUUUUUGAUGCGAAUGGAACCAUCUAUAUCAGUACGGUGGACGGGACCGCAGCGAUUUCCGGCGGCGUGACUACAGCCCUUGUGCCAGCAACUACAACAAUCACCUCCACUCUACCGCAAAUCCAGAUCCAUCCACAGCCACAGCCGGCAGCGGCAGCCUUUGCUACCACGGCUGCUGCCUUUUCUGGCGAUCCCCACCACUUGCAGCCUCAAGGUCCCAUCCAGAUCUGCUACUCCACCUCCCCCGCUGCUACCGCCAGUCCCAGCACCACCGACCCCACGACAAUCAUUCUGCCCUCCUCCUCCGAGUCCCAGUUGUUCGGUCCGAUGCUGGUGCCCAUCGGCACUGCGUCGACUCCCACACCUCUCUCCCCUCCGCAAUCACUCACUCCCGCCUUCCCCUACGCCACCACUGCCACCGCUGCCGCUGUCAACCCCCCCGCCGCAUUCCAGACGACACAUACACUGCCCUCACAGGCAGUGGUAACCAAGUCUGAGGCCGUGACCUCUUCAAAUGCUUCGAUGGAGGCCUCCUCCAUUGCUGCUGAUGUGUAG